AUGUCAAUUUGUGAUGACAUCAAUACUUCAAGUGAUGAUGGAUCGAGAGCCAUUCAUUUAGCCUCUGCAUUUCAUUGUAAAGAAAUUGUAGAACUACUUAUUUCAAAUGGUGCAGAUAUUAAUGUUGCUGAUAUCUAUGGUUCUACUCCUCUUAUUUGUGCUUCUUCUAAUGAUAAAGAAAUAGUAGAGCUUCUUCUAUUACAUGGUGCUGAUAUUAAUGCAGAAGACAAAGCUGGAUUUAAUGCUCUGCGAUGUGCAGCUAAGCAUAACUGUAAAGAAAUAGUAGAACUCCUUCUUUCAAAUGGUGCCAAUAUUACCGAAAAAUAUGAAUCUGUUCGUUCUUCUCUUCAUUAUGCGAUUAUGAAUAACUCUAAAGAAAUUGCUGAACUUCUUAUUUUACAUGGUGCAAAUGUUAAUGAAAAAGAAAUAAAUGGAUUCGUUCCUCUUCAUUAUGCAGCAAAAGGCAAUUGUAAAGAAAUUGCAGAACUUCUUAUAUUGCAUGGUGCAAAUAUCAAUGAAAAAGUAGAAAAGUGA